GUCACCAGUAUAUCGAGUCAUGUCCAGUCGCUUUUGAUCACUAUAGGUCGAAUUUUCCCGCAGAGACCAUUAUAUCCUGCUGUUACGAGGACAUCUGCUUGUUUUGAGCUAUCUGACUUAUCGCCGUGCUCGAUGCUGCCCUCUCCUUCCACCGCUCCGUCGGAUUCUACCCUGCGGGAAGAGGGAUUGGGAUCAACCGGCAAGAAGCGUCGACCCAGCGGAUCCAGUCUCGAAGACAUGACCUCGAAACUUUUAAAGAUCGACCUGUCGGAUCAAUGCCAAUCUGAAAACUCGUCCCAAUCAUCAAUCAGAUCCGUGACACACGACGAUUCGUUCACCUUCUCAACUCAAAGGGACCCUGAACAGCGACCUGCUUCGACCCAGGAUCAAGGGCAGUCAAUUCGUUGCAUCGAUCACAACCAGGUCUUCGAAGGGCAGGAGGCGGCAGUGCUUUGCAGAAAACUCUACACCGCCGCUGCGACGCAUCUGAAAUUGACGGAACCCAAAAACCUUCUUUUAGUUUGUAAACGGUUCGAGCAGGUAUUCCAUAUCGAUGGUCAGGAAUUACGUCAAGGCAGAUCAGUCGCUCUGCGAUUGAAACAUGCAAUAUCAUCCUUUACCGCCGAGGAAAUCACUACGAUAGAUCAAAUUUGGAACAUGAAAGGCAAUUCCUCGCUGAAGCUAAGUCUAGGGCAAGAUCCGAACGUGCCAGACUAUUGUGUCAUCCGUCCAAAAUUAUCUUACGAUGGACAGGACCACCAGGAAGGCUUUGUGUUCAAGUCCGUAACGCCUUGCAGUCCCUUUUCGAAAGAUCGCAACAAAGAACUCCUCUUCCAAACAAUGACAUCUCUCCGAGUCCUGAGCUUGCUUACUAGAGGGAAGUAUCUCAUGAUCAGCUUCUGUUCCGUGUGCUACUCCGCUGAGCGCGCCACAAGCUCGAGGUAUGACUGGGCAGGUCAAAUCAUAUGCGGUGGCGUGCUUGUCGUGGGUCUGACCAUCAAGAUCGACUGUAAAGAUGAUUUGACUAUCAUCUGCGCCAAGCAUGCCAUCUCUCAGUGUUCUGGUACUUUCCCGGAUCGUUCGACUUCAACGGUCUACCGGCUUGUAGGAAGACGGAAACGCGGUUGA